AUGAAGACUGCGAAAGUCAAGCAACACGGAGUGCUUAAGCUUUACGACCGGCGUUACCCUGGACGCAUUCGUCAAGCUAAUGGCACAGCCGCAGCCACAGCUCCUUCGGUUGCAGAAGAUGCUGCGUAUCGGACAUUCGUGCGUCAAGGAAAAAUGGAUGUUUUCCCGUUAGCCCUGAAACGCAUCUACGAAACCGAUCCCGAGGCCUGCGCGAGCGACUUUCUUCACAACCACAGGUUUGGCGGUGCAAGUUUUGGCGGUGCCGAGUCUGAUAGCAUGGCAAGAUUUGAAGCUGCUACUUGGUACGAGUGUGACCAGCACUUCAAGACCGAAUUAAAGGCGUAUAAACAGUUGGAACGACUUCAAGGCAACGGCAUACCACGCCUCUACGCACAUGUGCGAAUUCCAUAUGAUGCAGUUCCCCAAGGUGCUCGAGACGACACACCACGGGACCAAUUUCUUUGUGUUCAUGGUCUUCUAUUAGAAGACAUUCCUGGCCCCACACUCGAAGACUGGCCUACAUCUGACAUGGCUCCAAACAUGUUAAAGAUAGUAGCACAAGGCGCUGCCGAAACGAUAUAG